UACAUUCUCUGUGAAUAAUGACAAAGUAGAGCCGCCGGGUGUCAGGGUGUCACUGCAAUCUCAAGAUGCAACCCACACACACGGGGGACUGAACCUAUCUUUUACUGUCUAUGGACUGAACAGAGUUCGGUUCGAUUUGUUUUUUUAUUUCGCAAUGGUAGCAGGACAGCUAUCAAAACAAUAUAAGUAGGAGCCAAAGAGAACCGUGAGAAAAGUAGCCUUGGUAAAAUAGUCUAUUUAGGAAAGAGAACGUUUUAUUAUAAUUAUUAUAACCGAAACUCUGGGGGUCAAUAGAAAUUGUUCUUAAAAGAGUUCUUAUACAACCUUGAUAUCAAUCUGUUAGCCUUUAUUAGUCGAUAUUUUCAUGCACUUCUUUCACAGUAGGCCUACAUUUUUUAGGUUGAACAGUUCUGAUAGAUCUCUCUCUGGGGGUAGUCUAAGGUUGAAACAAACACCCUGUAAUAUCUUUGUGACGUCAUGAAUUCACCCGGCCAUCACAACACACCUAAUAUUGUGUUUACAAAGAGGGAUCAACCUAGACCACCAUCGGACCCAGUGGCUAGCAGCCCCUUUGUCAUCGUCUCCCGCUCCCUUCUUCCUGUCCCAUCAUCCUCCUCCACCCUCCUCCAUCCAUCCUCCGCCAUGGACGAGCAGCUGUGGGAGCGCUGUGUGACGCAGCUGAUGGACGAGGGUCAGUGCGCCGACUGCGCCGUGGUGAGGCUGCGGAGUGGCGCAGUGCUGGCCGCAGCCGAGGGCGGUUCCUUCGGGCACCUGAGCCGCCGUGAGCUGCACCACCUGCUGGCGGCGGACCGGCGGCGCCUGCGCACGCGAGGCCUGAGUCUGGGCGGCGUGCCGCUGCUGCUGCUCAGGGACGAGCUGCUGGGGAGUGAGGACGAUAACGGAGACGGCGGCCACGGCGGGGCCGGCCUCCGCAGCAUGGACCUGCGCACCAAACAGCGUCCCAGCCAGGGCGUGGCCGUGUGCCGCACCCACAGCCACCUCCUGCUGCUCAUGGGGCGCUGUGAAGUGGGCAGUGGCAUGCUCAACCACAGGGCCCACCAGAUGGCAGCGUGCCUCCGCAACGCUGGCGCUUAGACAGGAGCCGGGCAAACAUUAACACAUCACAUCUCCAGACAGAGGGAAAGAGGGAGGGGGGGAGAGAGAGAGAGAGAUAAUAAGAAUGGAGGGCAAGAGUGUGGGAGCACACUGCAUAAAAAGAGAGAGAGGGAGAGGGAGAAAGAAGGUAGGAGUAGCAAGUGAGAGUGUGGGAGAGAGAGAAGGAGAGAGAGAGAGAAAGAAGGAAAGAGAGAGA